AGAAUCCCCAUCGAGAUAUCUAUGGUACGGUGCUGUAUGGUAUGGCACAGGGAUUGUACAACAAACCAUUUCACACAGCGUGAAAAUGUUACAGAUGACAAAAAAAUGGCCGAAACAGAAAGUAAACAUUAUGAUGAAACAGAGACCAAACUGUAUGUUAAAGUGCUGCCUACACAAUGGCCUAUUGUCUAUGGACACGAGUAUAAUAUUGGGUUCUUAGGGCUUGAAAGACUUCAUCCAUUUGAUGCUGGCAAGUGGGGAAAGGUGUAUGGAUUUCUAAAAGAAGCGGGUAUGAUCAGAGAUGACACAACAGUGAGACCUGUGGAAGCAACAGAAAAUGAUCUCUUGAAAGUUCACACUAAAGGAUAUAUAAACAGUUUAAGACUUACAAGUAUAGUGGAGGGGACAGUUUUGAAGGAGUGGAGUAUGACAGUGGCAGGAAUAACAGAAGUUCCACCUGUAGCAUUAUUACCUAACUUCAUAGUACAGAGAAAAGUUCUACGUCCAUUUAGAUACCAGACUGGUGGCACUAUACUGGCAGCAAAACUAGCGAUAGAUCGAGGCUGGGGUAUCAAUAUUGGUGGCGGAUUUCAUCAUUGCUCUUCAGAGAAAGGAGGAGGGUUUUGUGCUUAUGCUGAUAUAACACUUGCUGUCAGAUUUCUUUUCUCACACAAUCCACAAAUUAAGAAAGCCAUGAUAGUUGAUUUGGAUGCACAUCAGGGUAAUGGACAUGAGAGAGAUUUUAUGAAUGAUGAAAGUGUGUACAUCAUGGAUGUGUAUAACAGAGGAAUAUACCCACAUGAUGGAUUUGCUAAACGUGCAAUUAGAAAGAAAGUGGAAUUAACUCAUGGAACAGCUGAUGAUGAGUAUCUUGAUCAAGUCGAAAAAAAUUUAGAUUCAGCGUUGAAUGAAUUUAAGCCAGAUGUGAUUGUUUACAAUGCAGGCACAGAUAUAUUAGAUGGGGAUCCGCUAGGAAACCUCUGCAUAACCCCACAGGGCAUCGUUGACAGAGAUGAAAUAGUCUUCAGAAAAGCUCAUGAAAAGCUAAUUCCAAUCGUCAUGGUAACAAGUGGAGGAUACCAGCGCUGCACAGCUCAAAUUAUUGCUAAUUCCAUACUCAACCUGAGAAGAAAGGGCCUUAUAAAGUGUGAGGAGGCAGAAAACUGCCCCACACCUGCGUCAGGUUGUUUCGUGAAGUCAAAAUGUUAACCAUUGUGUUUGUUAAAGAUACAAGAAUUUCAUUUUAGGAAGUAAAGUCAAAGUAUCAAAGAAGCCAGAGUGAUGUUGGAUUAUUUGCUAAACUAAAGAGUGUGUGUCUAUCCUCUUCAGGCUCCAGUAAGACCGAGGUUCGAGCUACGCCUGGCGCUGGCGCCAGUGCAAACUUGU